AUGUCAAAUAAAUUAAUUUUAUUUAUUUUUGUUUUUGUCUUAAUUUAUAUUCAAAUAAAUGCUAAAAAUAAUAAAAAUUUACAAAAAUUUCCAAAUAAUCGUAAAGAAUUUAUUGAACAAUAUUUAAAUCAUCUUAAAAAUCCAAAACGUGUAAAAAGAGAAUUUUAUGGAAGUUUACCUAGUUAUCAACAAUUGAAUGAAUUUUUAGACCAAAUUACUGGUUGGGUGCCUAGACAAAAUACUUAUUAUGGCCCUCCCGCUGGUGGACGUUAA